UUUUCCACUAGUCUGUGGCCUACAGUUUAAAUGGUGGAAGGAAGGACAUGAGAUUUGAGGCUGGGGAAGGAGGCAUGGGGUUCUAGGCAAGGGAGGCAGUCUCUUAGGCUGGAGCCAGGGGCCAGGCACCUGGGCAGGCCACCUUCCUCUGUGGUCCCUCCCAGACCCCCUUAUGCUCUUGGUUUCUCCACCUUCUGAUUCCUCUGGACCCUCACCCCUUCUGGGAGCCAGUGGUCAGACACCAUCGUGACCGACAGGUGCACUCUCUGAGGCCCCAAGGGAAGGGGCUGCGCUCCACCUCCCUGCCCCGUCUGUCCUGUGUAUGUCCCUACAAGAAUGCUCCCCUCUUGCCUUCAGGUGCCAUUUCUGAAUGCUGCUGGAGCAGGUGCCCAGGAGGAGCAGUCACGGCUCUGUGAGCAGCUCCAGAAACAACAGGUGUGCUGCCAGCACCAGGAUCACCCGGUGGCCUCGGCCCUGAAGGAGCCAGAGGCAGUGGCUGCAGCCACAGGGACUGGGAGCGAGUGUGGGUAUGGGGAGACCCAGCAGGCCCUGCAGGGCGCCAUCGACAAGCUGCAGGAAAGUCCAUCAAACCAAAUGACCAUCAGAGGGCAGUGGCCAAGACCCAGCACCAGAAGAAGAACGAUGUUAGCAUGCUGUCCGAGGCCGAGGAGGGGAUGAAGGUGAAGCUGCUGGAGCUGCAGGGCCCAGUGAUGCAGCUUAUGAUCAACCACGAGGUCCAGCACCCUGCUAAUGAGUCCACUCCAGGGGCCCCAGCCCCCCAGGAGCUUGGUGCUGCUGACAAGGAUGAAUUUUAUGAGAUGAGCCCGGACGAUGACAGCUACAGCCUGGAGCCUGCAGGAGGGAGGGUACACCACACCCCACUGCACAGCAGAUGGCUCACAGCUGUGUGA